AUGGAGAGUGAUAUGGUUUUCUCUCCAAGCCCAAGAUUUCAGGACACAGGGAACAAAAAUGAAAAGGAAGAUGUGGUUUCAGAAUAUGAAGAUAAAAUUGAUUGUUGUGGGGAUCAUCAUUCUCAUAGGCUUUGUGAUAUUUUUGUCAAUCUGCCGUGGUUUUUAAGUGUACCUAAGUUUGCAUCGGAAUAUGUCCAUGGACGCUUUCGUGCUGUCAUGCGGCAUUGGUAA